AUGUCGGACAAACUCACUCGUAUCGCUAUCGUCAGUAGCGACAAGUGCAAGCCCAAGAAGUGUCGCCAGGAAUGCAAGAAGUCAUGCCCCGUCGUCCGCUCCGGUAAACUCUGUAUCGAGGUGGCCCCCGAGUCGCGCAUCGCCUUUAUCUCCGAGUCGCUGUGCAUUGGUUGUGGUAUCUGCCCCAAGCGCUGCCCCUUCGGCGCCAUCACCAUUAUCAACCUGCCCACCAACCUCGAGAGCCAGAUCACCCAUCGCUAUGCCGCCAACAGCUUCAAGCUCCAUCGUCUUCCCAUGCCCCGUCCCGGCAACGUUUUGGGUCUCGUCGGAACAAACGGUAUCGGCAAGAGUACCGCCCUCAAGAUUCUUUCCGGAAAGCUUAAGCCCAACCUUGGCAGAUACGACAACCCGCCGGACUGGGAGGACGUCAUCAAGUAUUUCCGCGGUUCUGAGUUGCAGAACUAUUUCACCAAGCUCCUUGAGGAUGACCUGAAGGCUGUUGUCAAGCCCCAGUACGUCGACCAGAUCCCCAAGGCUAUCCGCACCCCCGAUAAGAGCGUCAAGUUCCUCAUUGAGGGCCGCCGCUCCCUUGACAACCUCGACGAGGUUCUCGACACCCUUGAGUUGCGCCAUAUCUACGAUCGUGAUGUCACCCUCCUUUCCGGUGGUGAGCUUCAGCGUUUCGCCAUCGGUACCGUCUGCGUUCAAAAGGCCGAUGUCUACAUGUUCGACGAGCCUUCCUCGUACCUCGAUGUCAAGCAAAGAUUGAGCGCCGCCCGCAUCAUUCGCUCCCUCCUCCGCCCCGACGACUACGUCAUCGUCGUCGAGCACGAUUUGUCCGUCCUCGAUUACCUCUCCGAUUACGUCUGCUGUCUCUACGGUCAGCCCGCCGUCUACGGUGUCGUCACCCUUCCUCACUCCGUCCGUGAAGGUAUCAACAUUUUCCUCGACGGUCACAUCCCUACCGAGAACUUGCGUUUCCGUGACGAGAGCUUGACCUUCCGCAUCGCCGAAGGCACUGAGGAGUUCAUCCAGGACAAGACGCGCGCCUUCAAGUACCCUGCCAUGGAGAAGACCAUGGGCAACUUCCACCUGUCCAUCGACGCUGGUUCCUUCUCUGAUUCCGAGAUUAUCGUCAUGAUGGGUGAGAACGGUACCGGAAAGACCACCUUCUGCCGUCUCUUGGCCGGUGUUCUUAAGCCUGAUGGUACCAAGAGGGUUCCUGAGAUGAAGAUCUCCAUGAAGCCCCAGACCAUUACUCCCAAGUUCGAGGGUACCGUUCGCCAACUCUUCUUCAAGAAGAUUAAGGCUGCUUUCUUGUCUCCUCAGUUCCAGACUGAUGUCGUCAAGCCCCUCAAGCUUGAUGAUUUCAUUGAUCAGGAAGUCAAGCAUUUGUCCGGUGGUGAACUUCAAAGAGUUGCUAUCGUUCUUGCUCUCGGUAUCCCUGCUGAUAUCUACCUCAUUGAUGAGCCUUCUGCCUACCUCGAUUCCGAGCAGCGUAUCAUUGCUUCCCGUGUCAUCAAGCGUUUCAUCAUGCACGCCAAGAAGACCGCCUUCAUCGUCGAACACGAUUUCAUCAUGGCCACCUACCUUGCCGACCGCGUCAUUGUCUUCGAUGGCCAGCCCGGUAUCGACGCUCACGCUAACAAGCCCGAGUCUCUGCUCACCGGUUGCAACACCUUCUUGAAGAACCUUGAUGUCACUUUCCGUCGUGAUCCUACCAACUACCGCCCUCGUAUCAACAAGUUGAACUCUCAGCUCGACCAGGAGCAGAAGCUCGGCGGCAACUACUUCUUCUUGGACGAUCCCGAGAAGAGCAGUUAA